AAUGGGUAUAAUUAGCAUAUUGAACUGAAAAGAGAAAUUCAAUUGUUGAGAUCAAAAAGAAUGGAGUCGAAGAAGAACAAGUACAGUAUAAUAAUACCAACCUACAAUGAACGUCUCAAUAUUGCUCUCAUCAUUUACCUCGUCUUCAAACAUCUCUCGGAUGUUGAUUUCGAAAUAAUAGUAGUGGAUGAUGGCAGUCCAGACGGCACGCAGGAUAUUGUCAAACAAUUGCAGAAAGUAUAUGGAGAAGAUCGUAUUUUAUUAAGACCUCGACCUCGGAAACUUGGUCUAGGCACUGCAUAUAUUCAUGGUUUGAAGCAUGCCUCGGGCAAUUUUGUUGUUAUUAUGGAUGCUGAUCUUUCUCACCAUCCAAAAUACCUGCCAAGAUUUAUCAAGAAACAAAUGGAGACAGGUGCCAAUAUAGUUACUGGAACCCGAUAUGUUUCUAGUGGUGGUGUCCACGGAUGGAACCUGAUGCGCAAAUUGACAAGUAGGGGAGCAAAUGUCCUUGCACAGACACUACUUUGGCCGGGUGUAUCAGACUUAACUGGAUCCUUCCGGCUUUACCAGAAGUCUGCACUAGAAGACAUCAUAAGCUCUUGUGUUAGUAAAGGGUAUGUUUUUCAGAUGGAAAUGAUUGUUCGGGCGUCAAGAAAAGGUUACCACAUUGAAGAGGUUCCAAUUACUUUUGUCGAUAGAGUAUUUGGAAGUUCCAAGCUGGGAGGAUCUGAAAUAGUGGAGUAUCUGAAGGGCCUUCUGUAUCUUCUGGUUACAACUUGAUAUGGAUAGUCCGCAGAUUUACAUUGCUUAGCAACCUGUGACAUUCUGAAGACUUAAACUAGGACCAUAUAAAAAAUUCUUUUUUCUUUAUGACCACAAUUUUGAUGAAUGAGCUAUUAUGUAUUGGAAACUGGAAAGAGUGUUACUGAAGUAAUUUUCGAAGCUCUCUGUUAUCCAUUGAUUUCAA